AUGCCAAACGAGAAACCUGCCUCAGACCUAGGGUCAGGCGGUAGCCCCCUGAGCCAGCCCGCUUACACGCUCCCCUACGAAACUGUGAUCAAGGAACUCACCACCGGGAUUGAUGAGGGUCUCAGCCCCGACGAAGCCAGUCAUCGUCUCCAGGAAUAUGGCCCCAACAAGCUGGACGAAGGUGGAGGCGUUUCGGUGGUCAAGAUUCUCAUCCGGCAGGUGGCCAAUGCAAUGAUGCUAGUCCUGAUUCUCGCCAUGGCUGUGAGUUUCGGAAUCAAAUCUUGGAUUGAGGGCGGAGUCAUCUGCGCCGUCAUUGUCCUGAAUAUCGUUGUCGGUUUCUUUCAGGAGUUUGCUGCUGAAAAAACUAUGGAAUCUCUACACUCGCUGUCUUCGCCGACUGGAACUGUCUCGAGAGGUGGACAGACGUUCGCAGUGCCGUCGGUCGAGAUUGUACCUGGUGAUAUGGUCGAAUUGAGAACAGGAGAUACCGUUCCAGCGGAUAUCCGACUUGUUGAAGCAGUGAACUUUGAAACCGACGAGGCUCUCCUGACAGGCGAAUCUCUCCCUGUCCAGAAGGAAUGUGACUCGAUCUUCAAGGAAGACACUGGUCCUGGAGACCGCCUCAACAUCGCUUACAGCUCGAGUACCGUCACUCGAGGCCGUGCUCGCGGGGUGGUUGUCAGUACAGGCAUGUUCACGGAAAUCGGUUCCAUUGCUCUCGCACUGCGAGCUAGUGACAACAAGCGGCGCCCCGUCAAGCGCGGACCCAACGGUGAGACUAAAAAGCGGUGGUAUGCCCAAGCAUGGACUCUCACGGGCGCAGACGCUGUGGGUCGUUUCCUCGGUGUCAAUAUCGGCACCCCUUUGCAACGGAAGCUCUCGAAACUAGCCUGCCUACUCUUCGGAAUUGCCGUGGUGUUCGCUAUUGUUUGCAUGGCUUCAAACUCUUUCAGCAGCAACACUGAGGUUAUUAUGUACGCUGUCGCAACGGGCAUUAGUAUGAUUCCUGCAUGCUUGGUCGUUGUGCUUACUAUCACCAUGGCGGUGGGCACAAAGCGAAUGGUCGAGCGGAAUGUAAUUGUUCGAAAGUUGGAUUCCCUGGAAGCCCUCGGUGCUGUCACGGAUAUCUGUUCGGACAAGACCGGCACACUGACACAAGGCAAGAUGGUUGUCAAGAAGGCUUGGGUUCCUUCUCGAGGGACGUACUCUGUGGGCACUUCCAACGAGCCUUUCAACCCCACUAUCGCUGAUGUCUCGUUCACCCCUGUGCCUCCUCUGCAGUUUGAUGACGAGAAGGAAGGCCAUGCUGCGGAAAAAGCGGAAAGCCUGGUCACGGGAAACCGCCAGCUCGAGGACUUUCUGGACGUUGCUGCCAUGGCCAACCUCUCUCAUGUGUACAAGUCUGAAGAGGGCGCGUGGCAAGCACGAGGCGAGCCGACAGAGAUUGCCAUUGAAGUCUUCGCAUCAAGAUUUAACUGGAACCGUGAUCGCUGGACCAAGGGACGGGGCGCAGUAUGGCAUCAAAAGGCAGAGUUCCCAUUCGACUCGACUGUCAAGAAAAUGUCCGUCAUCUUCAGCAAAAUUACUCCCCAAGAGACUCGCACAAUGGUGUUCACCAAAGGAGCUGUUGAACGCAUCAUUGAUUCUUGCAGUUCUGUGAUCUGGGAACAAGACUCAUCUACCGCCGUGCCAAUGACCGAUUAUCACCGUGAGAAUAUUCUCCAGAACAUGGAAGAGCUCGCCAAGAUGGGACUUCGGGUAUUGGCUUUGGCACAUCGCUCCUACACCGAGGAACCGCGACUUUUAGAAGGUUCCGAUCUGGAACGUGAGGAAGUGGAGAAAGAUCUUUGCUUCCUUGGGCUGAUCGGCUUGUAUGAUCCCCCACGCCCUGAAACAGCAGACUCAAUUCAAGCCUGUUACAGAGCUGGUAUAGUCGUUCACAUGGUCACUGGUGAUCACCCCGGCACUGCAAAAGCGAUUGCACAGCAAGUUGGAAUCCUACCAUCCGACUUUAGUACAGUCGCAGCUGACGUCGCAGACGCCAUGGUUAUGACUGCCGGUCAAUUCGACAAACUCACUGAAGACCAGAUAGAUGCACUUCCUACUUUACCUCUUGUCAUUGCCCGCUGUGCUCCGCAGACCAAGGUGCGCAUGAUUGAUGCCCUUCAUCGCCGUGGCCGCUUCGCAGCCAUGACUGGAGAUGGUGUGAAUGAUUCCCCUUCGCUGAAGCAUGCCGACGUGGGUAUCGCUAUGGGACAAGCAGGAUCAGAUGUGGCCAAAGACGCGUCUGAUAUUAUCCUCACGGACGAUAACUUUGCUUCGAUUCUCAACGCUGUUGAAGAGGGAAGGCGCAUCUUUGACAAUAUUCAGAAAUUUGUGCUCCACCUGCUAGCCGAAAAUAUUGCUCAAGCUUGCACCUUGCUUAUCGGCCUGGCCUUUAAGGAUGCCGAUAAUCAAUCUGUCUUCCCCCUCGCACCAGUUGAAAUCCUCUGGGUUAUCAUGAUCACCUCGGGUAUGCCUGACAUGGGCCUUGGAAUGGAGGUCGCUGCGCCCGACAUUAUGGAUCGCCCUCCACAAAGCAAACAAGGUAUUUUCACCUGGGAGGUGAUUAUCGACAUCAUGGUUUACGGCAUAUGGACCGCAGCCCUCUGUUUGGCAGCAUUCUCCAUCCGCAUGUGGGGAUUCGGCGACGGUAAUUUGGCCCGUGGUUGCAACAAAGAAUGGUCCGAGGAGAUCAAAGACUGCGAACUGGUUUUCCGAGCCCGAGCCACAACCUUCGUGUGCCUCACUUGGUUUGCUCUGUUCUUGGCUUGGGAAAUGGUCAAUAUGCGCCGCUCAUUUUUCCGCAUGCAACCAAAAUCCAAGAAAUACUUCACCCAGUGGAUGUACGACGUCUGGCGAAACAAGUUUCUCUUCUAUUCCAUUAUGGCUGGAUGGAUCACCAUGUUUCCUAUCCUCUACAUACCUGUGCUCAACGACGUUGUCUUCAAACAUAAGCCGAUCACCUGGGAAUGGGGUAUUGUGGCGGUUGAGGCGGUUCUUUUCUUCAUGGGCGUCGAAACCUGGAAAUGGGCCAAGCGAGUGUUCUUCCGUCACAGAGAGAGGAAGUAUCAACUUGCGAGUUCAUUGGCUGGGGUUCCGGAAGAGGCCUAA